UACAUUGAAUCGAAACUGCGUAAAACGGGAUUUUAGUUUUAUUUUAGCAAGCGGCAAACGCGCUACAAACGUUCUGAAGCAUUGAUAGACAGCUAUUUUUCCUUUUAAAAUGUUCAUACCUAAGCAGCAGAGAAAACUGCUUUUUAUAGCACCGCAAUAUUUAUGCAGCUUAUGAAACUUUAAAAACGUACGAAAAAUUCCACCGUAAAGUGUUUAUAUUGACUGAGAGUAAUUUUGAAGCACCAUGGUUCCAAAUUUGUGGACUGCUAUUUUUCUGUUGUGUUCUGCAACCUACAGCUCAAGUGUUCCGGUCAAAACAAAUACUCCAGACCAAAGAAGUCCGUACCUUAGCAAAUGCAAUUCUACGAUCAAUGAGCAGCACAUCGAUACGAUAAUGAACUACGUGGACAGCGAAAAGAAUCCUUGUGAUGACUUCUACUCCUAUGCCUGCGGUAAAUGGAAGGAAAAUCAUGGAGAACAUACUACUGCGACGAAAAUAAGUGAAACGCAAAUUAAUCGCGAGUAUGAGGACUUAUUCAGCUACCUUCUUAGGAAUUUAAGUGCCCCGGAGCACGGAUACCCGUUAUAUGACAAGGUGCUUACUCAUUAUCAAAACUGUACUGCCUUGGAAAAGCCCAAUCUUAGGCGGUAUAUAGAGCUUUUGGGUCCCGACCUGCUGUCGUCCCUCAACUCUUCUCACUGGAUGAAUGUGCUGGCGGAUCUGGGGCGGUACGGAUACCACGGGCACUUCUUGCAAGUGGAGGUGCGGUGGCACAACGCAAGCCACCACAUGAUAUUUCUGCUGCCCCACAACCGUCACCUUAACUUAAGUCUUACUUUAGACAUAUACCGUGCACUAAGCCAGGAUAGCUCCUCUUGGCCACCUCUAGGUCAGUUGCAGAAAGAGUUCAGAAAUCUUGAACAAAAUUUGGUGAGAUUGGCAAAGUCAGAUUCGGCGGACGAUACUUUCCGGAAUUACAGCCUGGACCAGAUUCGGUCGCAGGUGACAGGUCUUGACUGGGAUGAGGCAUUAAGAAAGCAGCUGGGAAGAUCAGUGGACGCGGACCAUAUCAUCCAGGUGGACGACUUGGCCGCCAUCAAUGGACUUGUGGGGUUCCUCAACAAAGCGAAUACUCUGUUGCUUAACCAGUAUAGCCUGGCGAGGUUUCUCAGCCACCUAAUGGACCUGCCGCACAACCCACUGGCUGCUUGGAGGUCUGAGUCCGGCAAGAGGUCAAGGGGUGGGAGCUGCAUUCGCCAUAUGCGCAGGUCUCUUUACCUACCGAUGAACUACGUUUACGAAAGGAGUUUUUAUGCCCGGCGGCGAAGGGAUGACGAACUAGUUAUUCACAGUGUCUUUAAACAGUUGCAGGAUCAGCUGGAACUGAGGGUCCAAUACAAUGCAUUUAAUCUGAGCCAGGAUCUGGUGAAUUCACUGAAGACAAAGGUGCGCCAAAUGCGCAUCAACGUAGGCAACCUGCCGCCCAACGUUUCUGAGCUGUUCUACUGGAACAGCGAUCGACGGUGGAGCGUGGGCCGCGACUUCUACGAGAAUCACCUGAAUAGUCUCUUGUUCUACUAUACGCUUGUCGCCGAUCUGGAGGGGAGCACCGAUCAGAAGGAGCGCGAAAUCUGGUACAGCUUCAAUAUGCAUACGCCCGAGUUUCCUGACAACAUCGAUGCCACACCAUACUUCUAUUGCCUGGGAAACAUAAUUUUUGUUCCGUACUCGUAUGUAAAACGACCCUUUUUCCACGCUGCCUUCUGGCCGGCACUUCUUUAUGGUGAUCUCGGAAACACCCUGGGUCACGAGAUGAUGCACGCCUUUGACACGGACCUGGUGGACUACGAUGGGCAGGGCAACCUAAAAAACUUCAGCGACCAGCUUGGACAGUUUGAGCUCUACAACAAAGCAGUCGGCUGCUUAAACAGCAGCGCGGUAAUGCUAAACGAACGCACCUCAGACGUCAGUGGUUCCCGACUAGCCCUGCAGACGUUUGGGGGUGACUGGCUGAAUAAUUCGGACGCCGGCCGGCUCUACUUCCUGCAAUUCGCACUCUUCUUCUGCGGCGACGAGGGCGACCAAUAUCACGACUCAGGCAGCCAGCGCCUGAACUACUCCCUCAGCCAGGUCCCGCAGUUCGCCGAGGUCUUCGAGUGCCCCGGCGGGACUGGUAUGACCUCCACGUACCAGUGCCUCUUCUGGUAGGGACCCUAGUGGUGCGUGGUGUUAGUUGGUCUAUAGCUUUAAUUAGAAGCAACCAAGUAUUGUGAAUAAAUUUCUAUGCUUAGCAAUUGCGUAUGCGGCUCGCA